GUCGCGCUGCUGUACUUCCGGGACGCUUUGCUACGGACGCCUCACCUUCCCUGCGAUUAAGCUGGCGCCCUCUAGCGGCCAUGAGACGCACUAGCUGUGCUAAUGUUAUAACUUCCUGCUUGCGAAGCCUUGGGUGGGACAGCGGAAGUACAGAUACUACAACGUUUGGUCUCCCGGAUUCCUUUCAAAUAUUCAGGGGUGUUAAAGAUGCCGGCCUACCAUUCAAUGCUUAUGGAGUCAGACACCAAGCUGAUUGGUAACAUGGCAAUGCUACCCAUAAGAAGCCAGUUUAAAGGACCAGCCCCUAGAGAAACAAAAGACACAGAUAUCAUUGAUGAAGCUAUUUAUUACUUUAAGGCUAAUGUUUUCUUCAAAAACUAUGAAAUAAAGAACGAGGCUGAUCGGACAUUAAUAUACAUAACUCUGUAUAUUUCCGAAUGCUUAAAAAAACUACAGAAGUGCAAUUCUAAAGGACAGGGAGAGAAGGAAAUGUAUACACUGGGGAUUACAAACUUUCCUAUCCCUGGAGAACCAGGAUUCCCCCUAAAUGCAAUGUAUGUGAAACCUUCCAACAAACAGGAGGAUGAGGUAAUGAGGGCCUACCUGCAGCAGCUUAGGCAGGAGACAGGCUUGAGGCUUUGUGACAAGGUGUUUGAUCCUCAGACCGACAAACCUAGCAAGUGGUGGAUAUGCUUUGUCAAAAGACAGUUUAUGAACAAAUCGCUGUCUGGCCCUGGGCAGUAAAAUGAGGAAAGAAACCUAAAACGAGCUUCAAAAUUCUGCACGUUUUGCCGCACAUUGUAAUACAUUUGUCCUUUUUUCAAUAUAAAUUUUAUACUGUCUUGUAAUAUUAUCAUUUUUUGGAUCCAACAUGAUCUGGGAUAUAUUAAAUGUUAAGCUCUGGAGCUUAAUAAAAGCAAAGAUUAAAUCUUU